CUGAGCACAUAGCUAUGCCUACCACAGGUCGGAUGGACCCAUCACCAGCUUCGAGGCGGGCCUCGCUGUCGUCCAUCAACUCGCCCACUGUGGACAAGGAGGCUUUGCAGAAAGAGCUGGACCACAUUCAUACCACUGCCUCACGCUCAGAUACUCUGACUUCAUUUAGCGACUUUGAGCGUAGCCGUACAAGCAGUCCUCGUGUAGCCGGNCCCAAAGAGUUGGUCAGCGGACGGAUUAGCGGUUUAUACUCGCGCUUGAGGCAGAGUGUCGGAGCCGCGUCUCCUGCCUCGGAUACGUCGGCGCGUCCUGCCAGUCGAGGAAGCUAUACUGUCACAGAUGCCUCAUCGUUGNNAAGUUUCUCAAAACCAGAAUCACCCACACUUCUCCGUUCGAACCACGUUUCGCGUCCGAGCGAUGCCAGUGCUGUCAUAGCCGAGACCGACUUUGCGCUCGCGCCAUCGAUACCUUCGUCUGCUGUUCAUUCGCGUCCAGGCUCCCGUGAUUUGACUCGCUCAGCCUUACAUACCGCUGCAUCGUCUCCUUCGGCGAGACGAGCUUCUCCACCCGGCCUGGUCCGUCAUGCCGAAAGCAACCAGAGCCAGCCGUUCCUGGUUGAGACCAAAAGAUUGUCGCAAAACCUGGAUGGAAGACCUUUGUCCCAGACACUCGAAAGCAAACGGUCCUCGGUCAACUUGGACAACAACCGACCGCCACAAAACUCCGAGCGAAAGCGUCUGUCACAGUCAGACGCCCCGUUCAUGGGUCCUCGGCCAGAACGUCCCACCAUCACCGUGCAGACAGAUAGUCAAGCUAGCGCCCCCGUCUCCGCUGACCGACGUGAUAGCGAUGCUUCGUCGAGGAUUCAAACCCAUCCAAAGCCUGAGCGUCCGCCUCUUCGUGUAACUGCUUCUCACUUGCCCAACUUGCGAAUAUCACAGCCGUCUGUAGUUGAUGGCGUCCUUGAUACCUCCUCCAUAUUUAGCACUACCCUCACCACACCUAUGCUUGAUACUCAACUCAACUUCAAUGCUGGCAUGCAAAGUCGUCGAUUACCGCAUAGAGAAGGACAGCCACUAGACCCAUCGGACAANAAGUCUACCACCAUACCGGCUCAUCUCAAGCGGCGGGUCAUAAGCAAAGAGUUUUGGAUGAAAGAUGAGAAUGCUCGUGACUGCUUCUAUUGUGGUGAUCCUUUCUCGACUUUCCGCAGAAAACAUCAUUGCAGAACUUGCGGUCAGAUCUUCGACGCCAAGUGUACCGUGACUGUNCAAGGCAAGCCCUUCGGUCAGUCAGGUACGCUCAGGCUAUGCAAGCCAUGCGACGCCAUGAUCUAUGGCAGUGAUGAUGACUCGACAGUUUUUACUGACGAAGACGAGCCCAAAAAGUCUCCCAUAUAUGCUUCUCACUCGCAAGACCAAGAUGUCUUCAAGCCAGAUGACCCAGCUCUCGCAACACCCUCAAUCGGUAUUCCCGUCUCGAGGAGAAAUAGAGAAGCCAAAAGACGUUCUGCUGUCAUCGAGUUUGACAUGCAGCCCACGUUAGCACGCCCAAGUUCAUCUCGUUCACUAAAGUCAAUGACUGGAAGGCCACAUUCUUCAAGUCACAAGCGACACCACUCUCGCCAUCAGUCUGUACGCCCACUGAAAACUCCUGCAGAAGAGCGAGGACCAUUCUACCAGAAUAUUGCCGAGACACAACGACGUCCAUUCACUGCCUUCCACAAUGACAACAUUAUUGAUCCCGACUUGGCUCCAUUUCUGUCUGACGAUGGGUCGGAUGCGGACGAUCAGCCCAGCAUAUACACUACUAUCAGUGACGUGCCUGGCCCGUCCUCGCUGGAUAACGAACGAGCUGGGUUCACGAGCUUGCUGGCUUCAGCAGUGAAAAAGGGUCGCUCGAGACGGGGCGAUAGAAGUGCUGGCGGUCACAGUCUACGUGCUUCUCGUGACCUGGAGCAUUUCAUGUUUGCUUCCAAGCACCUCCCAAAGCUGCGAAAACAGCGCAACCCAAGUAUUGGAAGCGUUGGCAUAUCGCGUCCGUCUCCUCGGAGGAGCCGCAGUCAAAACAUGAUGAAGACCUUUGAGGCUGGGGCGAAUGACCCGUCGGUAUUUGACAUCUUCAAUCCUAUUCUUGCAGAUCAAGCUCAGGUCAAGCGAAGUUCCGGUAUGCAUGGUCAGAACGCUCCUGCAGUCGAACUCAACAGAGCUAGUCUACAGCAUGUCGAGCGCCUUCUGACCCAGCUACUCAAGGAGUCUGCGAUUCCUCGACGUCGACGUUGGCAGAAGGCUUUAAUGCCCAUUCUUCUGCAAUGUCCCAAUGAUGUGGAUCCAGACGUUCAAAACGGCGAUGACAUGGACAUCAGGAAUUACAUCAAAAUCAAGAAAGUGCCUGGAGGCAAACCUGGCGAUACUUCGUACGUCUCNCGAGUCGUCUUCAGCAAGAACAUUGCACUGAAGGGCAUGCGACGAAGCUUUGUCCGCCCUCGCAUUGUGAUAAUAUCGUUUGCCAUCGAAUACGCCCGCCAUAAUCACCAUUUCAUGAGUUUGGAGCCCGUUAUUGCUCAAGAGCGAGAGUACUUGCGCAACCUCGUGGGUCGUAUCGUUGCAUUGAAACCCCAUAUCUUGUUGGUUCAGCGAAAUGUAUCGGGGCUGGCUCUAAACAUGCUGCAAGAAGCAGGAGUUACCGUGGUUUACAACAUUAAGGAAUCAGUACUCGCCGCUGUUGCUCGGAUGACACAGACAGUUUUGAUCAAGUCGAUAGACAAGCUAUCAAUCGACCCUUCUGGAUUGGGACAAUGCUCCAACUUUGAUGUCAAGACCUAUGUCCAUGGGAAGACCAGAAAAACUUUCAUCUGGAUAUCUGGUUGCCAGCCUGACCUUGGCUGCACCAUCGUCCUCCGUGGCGCAGAGAUGGAAACUCUUCGUCAAAUCAAGCGAAUCACAGAAUUUAUGUGCUACGUUGUUUACAAUCUCAAGCUCGAGACUUGUCUGAUGCGGGAUGAAUUUGUGUUGAUUCCCUCCUCAAUCAGCACUGCCAAGUCCACCCCUCCAACCAUCAACAUCGCAACUUCCAAAGCAGUGGAUGUCGCAAACGCCCCAGUUACACCCACAGCCCAAACACAAGCAGAAGCUGAGACCAGUACAGCAGAGCUACCAGUCGGUAUCGGAGACGAAGACUCCGAAUCCAAACCCAACGCAUUGAACCAUCUUGUGGAUGCAGCUCGACAUGUUGCAUCUGAGCCCGUCACCAAAUCACAGGGCGACCAAGAUGACGAGUCCAUGCCAUCACAGUAUAGAGAACUUAUCGAAACAGCCAGGACUCGAUUGAUAUCGUCGUCUCCCUUCGUCAAGUUUCCCGAGCCGGUCCUUCUCGCCAAAGUUCAAGACCAAGAACGACGAGUUGAACAGACAAAACGGCUGCGAGAUCGCUAUGAUGCGUUCGAACUUGAGCAUAAUCACAACGAAAAAGCCAGCGAGAAUCAGGAGGAGGACAUUGCGCAAGCAGACAAAUUCGAGUUGGUCAUGCCAGAGAUGAUCUCUAAGGCUGUUCCUGCAGAUCAAAGCCGGCCCACUCGAAGAUUCCUCCGAGACAUCCAUGAUGCGCAAUACCAAAUGGCUCUUCAUGAGUAUAACAUCAAGAAACGACAGUGGGAGUCCUUCUUCUCGAUCAGCAACAACAAUCCGUUCAACCCCUUCAGCCAUCAGAAUAUUUUUGUUUUGCAUUCUCUCGUUAGCAACGCUUUGUCUGCACCUUGCGCUGGUCCUGAAGUUCUGGGUCUCUCAUUUUAUGCUGGCUGGGGAAAUGCUGAGCUAGGAUUAGAGGAAGAUCUUACUCUUGGCCAAUUCAUCGAGGAGACCUGCGCAACCGCAGCCACUGCAUGCAAGCAAUGUAGUCACCGCAUGUUUGAUCACCAUCGUCAAUACGUGCAUGGUUCUGGCCAGGUUAGUGUCUCGGUCAAACGCUUUCCAUCCAAGUUUCAGAACCUUCACAGUACCAUCCUGAUGUGGUCCACUUGCAAAUUAUGCCAACAAGAGACUACAUGGAUACCAAUGUCAGACAACACUUGGAAAUAUUCUUUCGGCAAAUAUUUGGAGCUCAGUUUCUGGAGUACACCUUUGAAGCCGCGAGCAGGCGUAUGCCCACAUGACAUACACAAGGACUUUGUGAGAUGUUUCGCCUUCCAAGGUCUUGCUGUUAGGAUUCAGUGGGACAAUGUUGACCUGUACGAUGUCUUGGUGCCCACGCCAACGAUCAACUGGGAAGUCAAUGCUGGACUCGAGCUCAAGAAUCAGCUCUAUCUGCACUUCCAAGCGCGCCUAUCAGCUUUCAUUGCAUCCAUCAGAGUCCGUCUGAACUCUAUCAAUCUCUCUACUGUCGUACCAGAGAAGCAAGCUGAUGCUUCAGCAACUCUGGAGAAGCUGGCACAGAGAGUAGACAGCGAUCAUGAGGCACUGUUGCAGAAACUUCAAGACAAGUAUAUGGCUUCCAAGUUUUACGAAAUCAUUCCUCUUAAUCGAGCAGUUCGCAUGAUGGACGAGAAGGCGCUUACUUGGGACGAAGAGUUCAAUGAUUUCGAGACGAAGUUCUUCCCGUCAGAGCAUGAUAUCAGAAGACUAGCUACCCUUCAGCUGAAAAAGCUGUUUCUUGAUCGAGGCGAAGCGGCUGGAAUUACCCAUUACGAUCUGACUGAUGCAGACGAAGGGAUGGAAAUGAAAGAGAGGCCAUCUUCAGGCAUGGGUCUCACCGAUGAAGACCUCCAAUCGGAAAAGGCUCAGCACAUGCUUACAUCUGUUGUCGAAGAACACGGUCACUCGCAUCCAAAAACAGAUGCUAACAUUGAUCCACUCGAAUCCAGAGGUCAAGGUGUCGAAGGUUCAGACAAUCCCAUUCUGUCCAAACAAUUGUCACCCAGCGAAGUAGAGCAAGCCGUCGANAGAGAAGACGUCAAACAUCUGGAUCUUGCUGUNCCUUCAGCUUUUGCGGACUUGCCCGCGGAUCAAGAGACCCCUAGAGCUGAGAAUGGUCCACAGGAAGAAGAAGCGGCAGAGUCAAAGUCUCCCGAGUCGUUCGUGACCGACCCCAAACCCUUGAAUUCCAGCAUCCUCGAACGUAUUGAACAGAUGCGUUCCGCCGCCGCCGCUGCUGCUACAAGCCCUGAAGCAGGCAUGCCCGAGUCAAGGAUACCACGUCUUGUCCGCACCCGAGGUCCUAUAUCUCCGCCACUUGCUCGAACACAAUCUCAGCCUGAUGGUAUACCAAAGAGAAAUUCAGAGUCUACCCCAGAGAUGCCAACCAUUCAUUCAGUCGCCAGUGGCGAGNNUUCUGGUACCACCACACCUACUCCUGGCAAACACCACAACAGAGAUUUAGCCAAAUCUAUCGAACUCCGAUUGAGUGACCGCUUGGGUGCUGGGUACAUCAAAGGUGGAAGAGCACAGCAGUCCCUGAUACCGAGGUCAGUGCCGAGCAAGGCUUUUGAUAACAACACUCGUGUCUCAGCUCUCGCCAAACAUUUCGAACAGCUAUCUCGUGAAUUCGAGAGAGAAAGAGCGCGUGAGCGUAGGCAGCGAGCGGCUCGACGAAGACAGGUCCGUGCCAACCCUCUGGCCAGCAGCAAACCUGUUGUUGAGGUCUAUCGAGAUGCUCGCGAAGCUGUCGGCGAAAGAACAGAGCCCGAGGUUGUUGAUCCUUCCAUGAGCGAAUCAAACGAAACAUCGGAUCUCCCGAUGGAAGACGUACCUGACCAAACCCCAGACAACAUCCAAGAUCAGCAAGAUAACGAUGAUGCCACGGAUAAUGAGACUGCAGAAUCGACCACUGGCCACACUGAUACUGAUGUUGAAGGUGACACUACCGACAAUGAUAAUCAUCUGCCCUACAAACCCGGCUUCUCCGAUCCUGGCUCGAUCUCAGGCAAUGGGUCAUCUGCGUCGCCUCAUGAUGCGGACUCACACCUGGAAAUGACGUUGCCGAGACACGAAAAACAUUCCUUAAUGAAGAUGCUCACCAGCUUCUGGUCUGAGCGGUCAUCAUCCGGCUGGAUCUCUCUCGACUACCCCUUGCACUCCAAUGAGCACGUCUUUGAUGAUAGCGACAUCAUCGUGCGCGAAGACGAGCCCGCAUCAGUCAUUGCUCUUGCGCUUUCCUCUGCAGAUUACACUGCCAAGUUGCGAGAGUUUCGAGGCAAUCCCAAUGGUGGUUUCCACGGGCAUCACGGUCAUACUGAAUCACAAUCCAGCUUCAACUUUGCCGCAGACAUCAGUAGCAACGAUGCCAGCCAGCAAUCCGCCAUUGAGGCAAGCUUGAUCAGUGAGACGGGCACGCACAUGAAAUACAGCUUUAGCCACAACAACGUCCGCGCGACCUGCAAAAUCUUCUACGCCGAGUCUUUCGAUGCCCUGAGAAGAAAAUGCGGCGUUAGCGAACGUUUUGUCGAAUCGCUCUCCCGAUGCGCGAAAUGGGAUUCCAAAGGAGGAAAGACCAAGUCACUCUUCCUCAAGACUCUGGACGAUCGCUUCGUCAUCAAAUCGUUGCAGGAAGUCGAGCUCAAAGCUUUCACCAAAUUCGCACCUGACUAUUUCGCCUUUUGCGCGCAAAGCUUGUUCCACGGCGUGCCUUCCGUGAUCGCNAAAAUGUUUGGUCUUUUCCAGGUUGAGCUGCGUAACCCAUCGAAUGGUGUUGAGUUUUCCUCUUACCUCCUCGUCAUGGAAAACCUCUUCUACAGCCGCAACCCAACUCGGAAAUUCGACUUGAAGGGCAGUAUGCGCAAUCGCAAGAUUGAAAGUACUGGUCUGCCAGAUGAGGUGCUCCUGGAUGAAAAUCUUGUCGAGACUAUCUUCGAGAAACCUUUGUUUGUCAGAGAGCAUGCUCGAAAGCUGCUCAAAGCUAGUGUAUGGAACGAUACAAUGUGGCUCUGCAGACAGAAUGUUAUGGACUAUUCCCUGAUGGCCGGCUUCGACGACGAGAAGAAGGAGUUGGUCGUUGGUAUCAUUGAUUGCAUCAGAACCUACACCUGGGACAANAAACUCGAAUCGUGGAUCAAAGACCGCGGCAAGAACAAGCCCACCAUCACCUCGCCAAAGGACUAUCGCAACCGUUUCCGCGUGAGUAUGAUGCAAUACGUCCUUCAAGCCCCCACUGUCUGGCACUCCUUCCUCGCCCCAGGUUUGCCCAUCACGGGUGUAACUUUCAACGCUGCAGGUGGAGUAGAAGUCUCGAGAAAUGGCAAUGCAAAUGCGACGGCAACGGCAAACGCAGAAGGCAGAAGCGUGGCGGGAAGUUGGGAGGAGAGGAGUACGGUGGAGGAUGAUCGUAGGCUGGCGCUUACCGAGGGUCAAGUGUUGGAUGAUGCAACCAUCAGAGAGAUGUCGACCAUGUCGUUUGUG